ACAAUUUCAGCCGUUUCAAUUCUCUAAAUCUUGAAAUGCCUGCAGGUUUAAACCCAAUGAAGGGGUCAUCAUUAUCGGAGCAACAAACUUCCCAGAGGCUUUGGACAAUGCUCUGAUCCGUCCUGGGCGCUUCGAUAUGCAGGUCACAGUACCAAGGCCGGAUGUGAAAGGGAGGACGGAAAUUCUGAAGUGGUACCUCAACAAAAUUAAAUUUGAUAGUGCUAUUGAUCCUGAAAUUAUUGCAAGAGGAACAGUUGGUUUCUCUGGAGCAGAGCUGGAGAAUCUGGUGAAUCAGGCUGCUUUGAAGGCAGCAGUGGAUGGCAAGGAUAUGGUCACCAUGAAGGAACUUGAGUUUUCCAAGGACAAAAUUCUGAUGGGUCCUGAACGUCGAAGUGUUGAGAUAGACAAGAAGAACAAAACUAUCACUGCUUACCAUGAGUCAGGCCAUGCUAUUGUUGCCUAUUAUACCAAAGACGCCAUGCCCAUCAACAAGGCUACCAUUAUGCCCCGAGGGCCUACUCUUGGCCAUGUAUCAUUACUUCCAGAGAAUGACAGGUGGAGUGAAACUCGUUCUCAGUUACUAGCUCAGAUGGAUGUCAGUAUGGGUGGAAGGGUUGCUGAGGAACUAAUAUUUGGGAGUGAAAACAUCACAACUGGUGCUUCAAGUGAUUUUGACAGUGCAACUAAAAUAGCAAAGAUGAUGGUGACCAGAUUUGGAAUGAGUGAAAAGCUGGGCGUCAUGACGUAUGCCGAUCAGAGCAAACUCAGUCCAGAAACACAAGCUGCCAUUGAGCAAGAAGUCAGAGUACUCCUGAGGGAUUCAUAUGAGCGUGCUAAAAACAUCUUAAAGACCCACACUAAGGAGCACAAGAACCUAGCUGAUGCUUUGUUGACAUAUGAAACUCUGGAUGCCAAAGAAAUCCAAAUGAUCAUGAAUGGAAAGAAACUGGAGCCAAGAUGAUGUCUUCCUCACAGCAGAAAUGGUUGGGUGUUCAUGAAUGUAAAUAUGCAACAGACCGGGGGGGGGAGCAUUGAAUGAAUCUGUGUAGUUUAUUUUUCUUAAUAUAUGAUUGUGUAUACAUAUUUUAUCCCAUUUUUUCCCCUUGAUUCUGAUAAGGAUUGUGCUUUUAUGUGUGAAGUCUUUCUGUAGUGAUGAAAUCCCUACUGCUUCCCUGCAAGUCUUCAACAAUAUCUCAGGGGUACGGUCAUUUGAUAUAAAACUCAUCAUCCGUGCUUUCUGAAAUACCUAUGGGCUCUAUUUAUUUUUGUUACACUUUUAAUGUCAAGGUUCUGCCUCAGAGGUGUCAUUAUGUACCCCUUUGAUGUUACCUGUUCACGUCCAGUUAUCAGUUAUUUUCAACAACAUUUUUUCUGGUUUUUGUUUUGUGUGUACACAAGAAUUAAGACACAAGAUGAAAAAAUUCCUCAAUAAUAAACUUUCAAAUUAGCUUGCAACA